AAACACACACAAAGACAAAAAAAAAAAAACAGACGCUACAUCUUGUGUCCGUUUCCAACUCUUAGAACAUCCAAUUCUUCUUAUUAUUCUUUGUCACUUGGUCUCUCUUCUGACGCACAACAGUAUAUACACAUACACAGAUAUAUGGAUCAAGGAGGUCGUAGCAGUGGUAGUGGAGGAGGAGGAGCCGAGCAAGGGAAGUACCGUGGAGUAAGGAGACGACCUUGGGGUAAAUACGCCGCGGAAAUAAGAGAUUCGAGGAAGCACGGAGAGCGUGUGUGGCUAGGGACAUUCGACACUGCGGAAGACGCGGCUCGAGCCUAUGACCGAGCCGCCUAUUCAAUGAGAGGCAAAGCUGCCAUUCUCAACUUCCCUCACGAGUAUAACAUGGGAACCGGAUCCUCAUCCACUGCGGCUAAUUCUUCUUCCUCGUCGCAGCAAGUUUUUGAGUUUGAGUACUUGGACGAUAGCGUUUUGGAUGAACUUCUUGAAUAUGGAGAGAACUAUAACAAGACUCAUAAUAUCAACAUGGGCAAGAGGCAAUAAAGGGAAUACAAUCGGUAUUAACUGAAAGUUAUGUGAAAGACCAUUUUCAGUUAUAACAAAUAAAAUAAAAUCCCAAGCGUACAAAGCUGUUUCAAUUAUUGGCAUGAAGUGUAAUUGUCAAUCGAUUUCUGUAACGAAUAAGAUUCUUUAAGCGGGUCAUCUUAGUUUCUUGAACUUCAAAGUUCAAACG